CACACCUCUCUCUCUCUCUCUUCAAAGCCGAGCUCUCCCCUCUCUUCUUCCUUUCAAAUCUUUUCACAAAUUCUUCAACUUUCAAUCACCAAAUCCACCUCCAAAACUCAAAACUAGAUCCCUAAAUUAUAGAUACUACCAAGCCAUCACCAAAUAAACAAAGCCCAGUAAAACAACUUCAAAAACAAUGUCACAACCAUCCAUGGUGGCGUUGCUUGUCUCGUCACUGUCGCCACCGUCUCUCUAGUUUUUCGUCAAUUUUCUUUAAGUUCCCGAAUUAUUCUUCAACCCAAGUAAGUACCCAUAAUCCCUAGAUGAAUUUAGGAGCUUCAACAAUAAAUUUAGAGCUUCAAUUGAGGAUUUAAUAUUUAGAAUUGCAUGUUAGAACGAGGGUAUUCUUGCUUUGCAAUUUUCAGACCUAAUGGGUACAAUUGAUGUCUUUGAAUGAUUUAUAUCAUAGCUAAUCUGCUUAAAUGUACGAGUUUCUAUGGUUGUUUAUGGUUCUAUAAUUCUUUUAUGCUUGGAUGGAUGAAUGAAUUUUAGCAAAGGUAAUACUAAAUUUUUUCAAAUUGCACAUAUUAUCUUUUCAAAAUUUGAACUUAAACAUCUAGCUAUGUUCAUUUUUGAAGUUUUUAUGGUAUAAGCAUUAGUGAUUUUAGAAUUUUCCGAUGAGUAGGGCAUGGAAAUUUUUCUACAAGUUUUAUAGUGUAGUUGAACUAGAUGGAUCUAAUGUCGUUUGCUUGAGCUAAUGCAUUCUCCUUUUAACAUUCACUUCAAUUGCAUCUUUGCCUAUUAUAUUAUUUAUACUUUCAAAGACUAGAUUGGUCAUCCAAUUUCUACCAUUAUGAUCUUGAAUAUUUCCUAUCGAAUUUGUGUUUAAACGUUUUAUGAAAUUGGAUGAGUACUGUAGACUAUCUUAGUAAUGCAUAAUAUGUUUGAAGUUAUAUAGUUAGCAUAUAUAAGAAGCCACACUCUAAAGUGUGGGGUUAAUCUCAUUUAAAUCUAUUUCAUUUGGAUAUCUUUUCAAUUGCAGAAAUGUGGAAACUUUUCAUAUGUUUAGGACGAUAUAAGGUGAAGAAAGAUGAUGUUGCAUCAUCUUCACGACGAUCUAGAAGGCCAGAUCCACCUUGAGGAGACCCCAAGGUAACUGCUCCACCGAGAAUAUCAACAUGCCUCAAUAGGAGGGAACCCAUCAUAGAGAGGAAGAGGAGUAUGAGUCAAGAAAUUUUGCUUCCAAAUGCAAAUUUGCUAGGAUUUUCUCCAGCAACAACAGUGGAUGACUAUCCAUGGAUAGCAGGAGAUCUAGGAGUCGUAGUGGACAGAUGCACCAAGGGCUAGAGGUGCUAGAGACUGAUGAAGAGCUCGAGAUUCUUGAGUGAGUAGAGGAGCCCCUACAUCCUUUGACCAACUUCCCACUAGAGACCCGGAGGAGGAGGAGGCGAGUGGAGAAGUGGUGACAUGUUGCUAUAAUGUCCCAAAGAGAGAUUGAUUGGGAAGAUUUGCCAGUACCGAGGGUGGGGUACAAGGAUGAGGCAGAGACUUGAGCAUGCCGGUCUAUUAACACUCUUCAACAUAAGAAGUGAGACUAUUGACGCCCUGACUAGAGAUUUUUUACUAUUUUGGCAGUUACACCAGCAAGAAACUCUAGUCAGACUUCCAUCACCUAUCAACUAGCAGGGAGGCACUUCACAGAUAAUUAUGAUAGCUUUUCUCAAAAACUAGGGAUUUCCUCAUAUCACACUAGAGGACCUCUCUCUAAGGAUAGACUUGGAGGCUACUGGGAGCAAGGUGCACAACAGGGGAUCUUCAUAGCUUUAUGGAGAAGGAUUACAAGAGACUCGACUAUACAGUUUAUUCCUAGAUAUGAGGUUCGUGCACUACUUUGGCCAAACCAAUUUUCAUAUGAGGCAGAGAGGCGAUGGAGGCAAGGUCUCUGCAGUGAUAUGAUAUUCUAUCAUGCUCUUGUGCAUGAUUGGUGGCUUCAUUCAGCAUGGCUAGUAGUGGACCCCUUAUUAGGUCCACACCCAUCUCUUCACAUGAGUACUUCCAAGAGAAGGGUACAUUAGGACCAUUACCCAGUAAAUACGAUCAUUUCUCUCUAAGACACUAUGCAGACUCGUGCACAAAUUUUCCAACAUCCAACUUAAAUCUUCGGAGUUGAGAGGCUGGCAGUAAUAGGAAUCGACCUAGCCAAAGAUUUUUGUCCUAGCCAAGAUGCAUGGGUGCAAGCAGGAGGCCAGAAGUGCAAAUUCAAAGAACUUACAGAGACAAGAAGCUGGUCAAUCUUUCUCAGCACCACCACCACAGUAUCAGGACUAUGGAUCUGAGAUAUCAUUCUUGAGGGAAGUUGUGCAAAGACAGAAAGCAAACCUUCUCGAUUACCAGAUUAUUAAUGAGCAACAUAGGUAUGUCUUCGAGCAAGAUUAUAGAGAGUAGCCGGAGGAGAUUUGAGCUUGGAUGAACAAGUUUGAUUAGAAGUUUGAUAAAUUCUUAUCAAGGCAAGGACCAUGAGGUAGUGGACAUCAAUAGAUAGAUUUUAUCCUUUGUGGAUUUGUAUUGCUUUAGUUUGUUUUUGUUUUUUAUAACACCCAACAACAAUAUGAGAUCUAGUCGGAGAUAAUUUCUAUGCUUCAAAAUGCGGUUCAACUCCACGGGUUGAUGAGUGAAGAUGCACAUGCUCGCAUUAAAGAAUUUUAUGAGCUUAGAGAUAGUAUCAAGGUAAGAGAAAUUUCUCAAGAGACAAUUCGACUAAAGCUUUUCCCUUUUACCUUAAGUGAAGCGACAAGUAGUAGUUGAAUAACUAUCCACAUCAUUCUAUUACCUCUUGGGUGGAUUUGUGUGAUAUGUUCUUUGCAAGAUACAUCUCACCUUCAAAGACGACAUUGACGAGAAGUGAAAUCCAAAUGUUUAGACAAGAGGAAGACGAGCCAUUAUUCAAAGUUUGGUAAAGAUUCACUUCACUCUUUCUUAACUACCUGCACCAUGGCAUAGCCAAUUGGCUACAAGUGGAGAGCUUAUAUAAUGGGUUAACUCGUGAUUAUCGAAAUUUGAUUGAUGCCACUAGUGGAUGAGCUAUUCUUAACAAGGAAGUAGGCUAAUUACAAAUGUUAAUUGAAGAAAUGGCUCUCAAUAGCUAUGAUUAAGGUGAUACAAGACGAGGAAAGAAAAGGGAAAUGUGAUACAAAUUGAAGAACCAUCCUCAUUACGGCUCAUCUUCAAGAAUUAGUAAAGAAGAUUGAUCUUGUCGCAUCGGCUAUGAAGAGUAAUAGUAAAAAAUUGAUAAAGUACAAUUGGUGUGGAAACAUCAAUCAUAAUUUGGAAAAUUGAAAAGCAAUGGUGGAAACAUCGAUUCACCAUAAGCAAGCUAACUUUGUUGAAGGUCAACAAACAGGCAACAAUCCAUAUAGUGCAACCUACAAUCCGGGAUGGAGAAAUCAUCCUAAUUCCUAUGGUAUUCACCAUCGGAUAGGAAACCUCCUAGUGUUCAAGGGAAAGCACCGAUGCAAGCUCUAUUUCAAAGAUCCAACCCAUCUUCAAACCAAGGUCCCUACUCGGAUCAAAGCCGACCUUUGGAUAAUCUCUUGACAAAGCUUGAAGAUAUGGUGGGGCAAUUCAUCAACACUGCCACAAGGACGUUUGACACGAGUGAUAGGUUUGUGGAGAAUGCCGCAAAAAAGUUUUUAACCUUGGAGGUUGGUCAAAAGAUCAUCAAGCAACACUUCAAAAUCUUGAAGCACAAUCGAGCACUAUGGCUCAAUCUCUAGUGGCAAGACCUCAAGGAGCUUUACCGGGCAACACGGAACCUAACCCAAAAGAAGGAUGUCAUGCGGUAACUCUAUGGAGUGGCCGACCAUUAAAGGAAGUUCCGAGCCCAAAACUCUAUGACCCUUGAGGGAGGUUCAAAAGAGAAGUUGCUCAAGAAGAGAAGCUUGUUGAAGAGGAAGUGAUAGCCCCCACUAAGAUCAAUAUCAAGAAUGUAGAUAUUCCUUAGAAGUCUCAAUUAUCCGAAUACAUUGCAAAGGCAUCUUAUCCCAAGAGAUUGUUCGAAAGUGACCUACAUCGUGAUUGUGCUCAAUGAAAGGAUACUCUCAAGCAACUUAAGGUAAUCGUUCUUUUCUUGGAGAUGAUUAUGGAAUUCCCAAAUAUACAAAGUUCCUGAAGGAAAUCUUGUUAGGAAAGAGGAAAAUGGAAGAAGUUGUUAUGGUUAUCAUGUGUGAAGUCACUUCAACGUCUAUUGGUUGUGAAGGCAUACCUCUGAAGAUGAGAGAUCCGAGAGUGUUUACCAUACCUUGUACCUUCGAUGUCAAGACCUUUUUGAAUCUGUUAGCCGACUUGGGUUCGAGCAUCAAUAUAUGCCUACAAGGAUUUACAAGGAGCUUGGACUUGGGCCACUCACUCCAACAAGCAUGAGAAUCGAGCUAGCUAACCAAUCCAUUGCUAUGCCUUGCGGUAUAGUCGAGAAUGUCUUGGUAAGAUGUGAUCAUUUCAUUUACCCAAUGGACUUUGUCAUUUCAGACACAGAAGGAUGUGUUAAUGCCCCGAUCAUUCAUGGAAGACCGUUCUUGGCCAUGACAAGGAGAAUCAUUGAUGUUAGCAAAAGGCAAAUCAUACUAAGGUUUGGUGAGGAGGAGAUCUGAUACAAGAUUACUCUACUUCCCACUUCCACAAGUAUAAAUGGGAAGAUGUGGAGAAGGAUUGUGAUCCAGUCACGCCUCCAACACCGCCACCUUCUAGUUUCGAGAUUGAAUGGUUCAAUAUGGUAUCUCAAGAAGAUCCAAAGGAUACAGAGAGUGAAGAGAAAGACAACGCAAGGAAGCCUACGAAGGAGUUAGGAGAGACUAGUUCUCCCCACAACAAGAAGAUGCAAGAGUUGCUUCUCAUUUCCCAUCAUGGCGAGUUAGAAUGGAGUAAACUUCAAAAGUUUAAACUUGAGACAAGGUAUCCUAAAGCCAAGACGCGGGAUAAAAUGAAGAAGAAUGAUGCAAGCAAGCUAGCUUGCAUGAAGGAAAAAAGAAGAGUAUGGGGAGUGCUACAAGCCACUCAUGGAUGAAGAUGUCGAAGUAAGGAAGUUUGGUUUCUACAAUCAUCAUCAACCUUCCGAACGAUGCUUUGAGUCACUAUCCACACGAGGUGGCCGAGAGACUUCAUGGUCUCCACCUUGGACUUCAACACAAGUUUGACUACUAUGCAGCACCAAGGGUGGAGGAUGAAGCUCUUCUCACUUAGCUCUCUCAAGGUAAAGUCCGACAAAAAGACUUCAAAGACGCGCUAGUUGGAAGGCAACCCAACAAUUUCGGGUUGCAUAUCUUUCUCUUUUUCUUUUGAACAAAUUGUUAAAGUUAGAGACUGAUUAGAUUUGAUGAUGAAUGAUGGACCUUAGCCCUUGCCACGUCUCAAUUUUUAAAAUGAAUAUUGCAAUUUGAUGUUUGCAAUCCUUAGGUGUGGUGAAAAUUUGAUUUUUGCCUAUAAGAAGCAAGAUAGCGAUUGCGAAGCCAAAGAUCGCGACCGAGAUCUCUUGACCCCAGGCCGCGAUCUUGCCUGCACCUAUUUAAGGGGAGGUGCACCUGUCAUUCUUGUGCUCUCUUCCCCAAUGACUUUUAAAUCUAAAAAACCAUGUUUCCAAAGCUCUUUUGAACUUUUUGGCCAUACUUCAUCUCACAUCAUUUUUAAUUAUCAUUAUUGAAGUAUUGCUUAAUCUCUUGGAUUAAUAACAUAUCUCCAAGCAAGCUUAGAUACUAUUAUCCAUUUUCUUUUUUUCUUUUUUCACUUUGGUACCUUAGCUAGGUCAAAAUGCAUUUGAGUGCAAGGUGAACUUUGAUACUAUUUUAGGCUAUGUCAUAAAUUAUUCGUGUAACAGGAUUGAUGUUUAUGCUUUAAUGAUGGCUUACGUGUAUUGGGAGACCUUGGUGGGUCAUUUGCGCAUGAUUUUUUUAUGCUCUUCAAGUACGCCCACCAAUGUUCAAAGAAAUUCCCCGAUCACAUAUCUUUCAAUUCUUUUGAUCCUACCAUUUGAACUUGUAUGUUUAUAAUUGAGCCUUGAAUGAAUGAGUUAGGCUUAUUUAUGGAGAAUGAAUGUCGUUUAUGUUGACUAUGCCAUGUUCUCUCCAUAUAUGCUCCCUCUUUGAUUACAUUGUCCCACUUAAGUGUACGGGUGCAUAGAUGAUGUCAAAGAUACUUUUAGAAGUUAAAUUAUAAUUAUGAGUGAAUUGAUGAUGUUUGUGUACCUUUUGUGCUACAUUUCUUUUCCAAUGUUUUAAUAGAAGGCAAAGAGUUAUUCAAUAGAUGAAUCAUUGAGAUGCAUGUUUAUAUUGAGGGAUCUUUUCUCCUCAAUAACAUAUCUUAAUGUUCCUUGCCUAUAGAAAAUAGAAAAUUGACCAAAUAUAUUUAUCUUUCAUUGACUUUGUGAGUCGAGAUAUGAGUAGUUUGAUGUGAGUAGUUAUGCAUUAGAAAGCCUUGUGGAAUACGACCUUAGACAUUUUUAGGAUUUAUAAUUUGAUUGUAUCUGAUCUUCAUUGUUAGAAUACUACACGAGAUUAACAGUCAAUGGUCAUGCAACUAGCUAGGUACCUAGAGUUGUAAGGUUAAAAUCUCAAUUGGGAAUAAUCCCUAUUCAAAGGGAACUUCGACAUGAUGUUCACGCAAUCCAAAUCCCACAAUGUUUGAUGGGUGCUCUAGCCCUAACCUAAGGGGAUGAUCACCUCAACCUAGAUCAAGAAACAGUCAAUAGCCACCUCUCUUGAAGCAAUAAAUUGAUAAACACCAAACAAGCAUAGAUGGAUAGAAAUCAUGGCUAGGUCACAUUCAAUCAAUAAUACAUACCUACAUUCUAGAAUUAAUGGCUCCUACACAACCUUAAUGGUUCAAGUCAUAGAGAGAAAGAAAAUGCAGACUAGAGAGAGGAAAGCUUGAAAUCAUCUUAUUCUCCUUAGAUCUUGGAUGAAUUCUUCUUUCCUUAGCUCCUCUAAGGUGUGUCUCUCACUAAAAACUGGCAAAAACAUUAAUUUCUCACUUUAUAGGGUUUUAUAAAGGUUUUUAGUGCACUUCAUGGCCUCUGAGCAUGACCCGAGGGGUGGUCACGACAUCCAUCUCUGACCUUGGUUGUGUCGUGUAAAAUAUCAUCGAAUCACCUAAAACUCCAUGCCUUGACUUUUUUCACGAGCACCAAGAUCACGACCUUGAUCUUCAUAUCAUGGUCGUGAUCAGGAAAUCGUGAUUAUGAUCUUUCUCGCUGUUGAAAUCCUCCUUGGUCGUGAGUCUGGAUGUGAAACUUUCUGUCCAUUUCUGCAUCCGUGGGUGUAUCACGGCCUGUAGGUCAUGAAUGUGACCUAUGAAAUUUCUCCCUUCCAUAAUCAUAUGCAAUGCAAACAUGCGCGAACGAACCCCAAACCGAUUCCUAAUAGAUUGUAGAUGAGUAUAAGACUUGGAAUAUCAUCACAAACAUCAAGCAAGCAUAAAAUAAGAUGAAGUGGGGGUAAUUUCUCCAUAAAAAACCUUCAUAACAACAUAACUUAUGCAAAAACUCAUGAUCGAUCAAUCGAAACACAUUUUUGGCAAAACUAGCUUCCAAUGUGACCUAGAUAAUGGAGGAGAAAUAACACCAAUUUAGGUGUUAUCAAACUUCCUUCUUGAUCUUUCUCAAGAUGGAGGUACCUUCUUCUGUUUCUUUCGAAUUUGAACUGUAGUGAUUCGGGUAUGGAUUUUAAUUUGUCGAGAUGGAGGAAAAAAUGUUUGAGGACUAUAUUAUGAUCUGUAUGACAAAGACUAGGUAUUUGAUUUUUUUGAUAAGUAUGGGCGUAAAAACUGUUACUUUGAUAGCCAUACUACAUAAUAAAAAGAAAAUUUUAGC